UGUUGAAUUGUACUCUUUGAGAGUGCGAGAACCAUUAUAUAUCUAGUCUUAUUUAAAUACAUAUAUAGAAGUUUUGUUACUGACUUGAGUGCCAUUAUUGACGAUUCUUUGUUUUUAUAUAUACAAAAAGUGUCGAAACGUUGAAGGAAAAUUUUCGAUUUCAACAUUUAAGAAAUGAUUAACAAAUUGCGUAUUAAACAGUGGCAUAUGUAACAUUGUUCCAAGGAUAAUAUUUUAUCUCAUCCCGCCAUUUUCACAUAUAAGUACGCACCAUGUCAUACACGGUUAAAGUUGUUCGUUUCAAUGAUAUUACUGUAAUAAAAAUGGCAAGUAAAUAAGAAAAUACGAAUAAGAUUCUAAUUGGAACAAUGUCGACCAUACAAGACUCAGCUUGGUCGAAAAUUUCCGGUGAAACUCUGAACCCUAAGGAAAAAUGUCUUAAUAUCACUGAAGAGAUUUAUAAAAGGAUUAAUAUAACAUUUCAAAUCAAAAAACUUGAAACUGGAUCACAAAGUGAUAUCUCAGAUUGUAGUGAUCAAAUAGACAGCAAUGAGCUCAGUAACGAAACAGAUCUGUUUGCCUGCGACAAGAGUUCCCUAUCCAGUAGUACAGACCAGGAGAGAGCUAUCAGCAAGUGCGAGAAGUACAUUAAUAUAAAUAACAAUGAAGAAACCAAACUUAAUAAACCUGCUCCAGUUUACAAGAGACCAAGGAAACGAUUUAGGAAGCGUGUCAAGAAACAUCAGGCAAACAAGACUCGGAGUGGCAGUGAUUGUUCCAGUGAUGAAGCUAUACCACUAAGUCGUGUUGAUAUUGACACGAGGAACAGUCAAAGUGAAUCACCUGACAGUGUGAUGGGUGUGCCUAAUAUUAUUAUUGUUGCGAAAGAAUCUAAACAGAAACCUAAAUCAACACAAAAGAAUCAACAAAAACAAGAUGAACCAACUAAUUCAAUAUCCGAAGAUAUUCCUAUCAAGUUGAAAACCAGCCAAAAACCGAUAUCGGACAAGAGUCAGCAAUGGAAACACUGUCCUAUUUGCAGUUUAUCAUUCCGUGGAGAAAGAGGUUUAAGACGUCACAUGACUAUGUCACAUAUUGAAUCUGAUGAUAUAAAGGAUACCAACGAAAUAGAAAAAGAUGUGAAAUCCAUUUAGAAGGUAUGACUUUCACUUGACAUUGUAAAAUGAUUCUUAUUGUAAUGGGAUAUGGUUUAAAAUAACAACCAUUAGAUCAUAGUUUACAUGAAGUACAUUUAGUUUGAUAAAUUCAAUCUUAUUUCCAAACGUUAAAGUCUAUUUUCGACUAAUUUAUUUUAUAAGUAUGUUUUUCCGAUUUAAGAAUGUUCGAGUUAUUUUUUUUGUUCAAUAUUUACACAUGUUUGUCUCUGUCUUAUUAAAAAAAAUGACGUUUGCAAUAUGGCGCUAAAAGUAUCAAGAUGGCGCAGGCGUCACUUGAUAAUUGGCGGCAAAAACUUUCAUUGACAAAACAUAGACAACAUUAUGUGUCAAUGAAUAUGAAACUAGUAAGAAAAUAUCAUUGGCAGUAAUUGUCUGUGGUCUUAAGUUAUCUUUUGUCUUAUGA